CUCCAACAAGUCCAAUCAUCGCACGACUAAAAGGCGCUCUCUCUCCCCAUCAUUACAACCUAUUCGACCAGACAAAGCGUGUUAAACUACUUCGCCCGUCUCGCUGCUGACGGCCGGGGACAGAAAGAAAGACUCCGUCACCUGACACAGUCAAAGGCCUGGUGUUCAUGGUCAUUACCGCUUUUUAGCUGCUCCAACGCCUUAUCGAGAUGGAACUGAAAGAAGAUCUGAACCCAGUGCUGCUGUGCAUCGUUCACCUCCUGGUGUGGUUCUCCAGCGUCUUGACCUUCCUGCCCAACUACUUUUUUACUUCCUUUUCCAGACCCAAAGGUGAAUAUUUUGGCUCUGAGCUAGACCGGGAAAGGAGAGUGAAGGCUCGCCCAGUGCUGGGACAACCGAAGGGACCUUACCGUGCAGUGGACGCCGAAAAGAAACUGAAGACAUUGCUGUACCCGGGACUGGACACGUUGGCUAAGGUCUUUGAGGACGCAGUCAGGAGAAUCCCGCAGAAAGACUGUCUUGGCACAAGGGAGGUGAUUAGUGAGGAAGAUGAGCUGCAGAGCGACGGAAAAGUAUUCAAGAAGGUGAUUCUUGGCGAGUACCGGUGGCUCUCUUUUGCCGAGACCCUCUCAGCAGCGUCCCGGCUCGGCUGUGGUCUGGUGUCACUGGGACAGAAGCCGAAGCGCAACAUAGCCAUCUUUUGUGAGACAAGGGCAGAAUGGAUGAUUGCUGCCUUGGCCUGCUUCAUACAGGGCUUCCCAUUGGUUACCUUCUACGCAACACUUGGAGGUCCAGCCAUCUUUCACGGCCUUAAUGAAACAGAAGUAACCCAUAUCAUCACCAGCAGAAAGCUACUGGAGACCAAACUCAAGGCUAUUCUACCGAAAGUUUCAAAGCUGCAGUGCAUCAUAGUAGUGGACAACACGCCAACCGCGCUGCUCGGCAAUCCCAAUGGCAUUAGCAUCCACAACAUGGCUGCAGUGCAGAAGCUUGGAGAUAAGACAGAGAAAUCAGGGUCUGAGCAGUAUCAGCCUCUGCCUUCAGAUAUCGCCGUCAUCAUGUACACCAGUGGAUCCACAGGUACUCCUAAAGGUGCCUUGAUUUCGCAUACCAACAUCAUUGCGGGCAUCACUGGAAUAGCUGAGCGGAUACCUAACCUGAGCGAGGAAGACAGUUACAUUGGCUACCUACCUCUGGCCCAUGUACUGGAGUUGAUUGCAGAGCUCGUGUGCCUUUCUCACGGCUGUAGGAUUGGCUAUUCUUCACCUCAGACCCUCACUGACCAGUCCAGCAUGAUCAAGCAAGGCAGCAAGGGAGACACCAGUGUCCUGCAGCCCACUCUGAUGGCAGCCGUCCCUGAGAUCAUGGAUCGCAUUUAUAAGAACGUGAUGGACAAGGUGGAGGAGAUGACGUCUGUCCAGCAAAUGCUCUUCACACUGGCAUACAACUACAAACUGGAGCAGCUCAGCAAAGGUUACAGCACACCUCUGUGUGACAUAUUUGUCUUCAAGAAAAUUCGUUCUCUCCUUGGCGGUCGAGUACGGAUGAUGUUUUCGGGUGGCGCCCCACUUUCCGCUGCCACACAACGCUUCAUGAAUGUGUGCUUCUGCUGCUCCGUGGGUCAGGGAUACGGCCUGACCGAGACCUGCGGAGCUGGAACUGUGAGCCAGGUGUGGGAUUACAGCACGGGGCGAGUGGGACCACCGCUAAUUUGCUGUGAGAUCAUGCUUAAAGACUGGCUGGAGGGGAGUUAUCGUACAACUGACAAGCCAAAUCCCAGAGGAGAGAUUCUAAUCGGUGGUCCCAACGUUACAAUGGGAUACUAUAAGAACCACUCAGAAAACCAAAGCGAUUUCUUUGUGGAUGAGAAUGGACAACGCUGGUUCUGCACAGGAGACAUUGGGGAGUUUCAUCACGACGGAUGCCUCAAGAUAAUUGAUCGUAAGAAAGACCUGGUGAAACUGCAGAGGGGAGAGUAUGUCUCCCUGGGAAAAGUGGAGGCCGUGUUGAAGAAUUGCGCUAUAGUUGACAACAUCUGCGCCUAUGCUAGGAGCACCGAGACGUACGUGAUUGCCUUUGUGGUGCCCAAUCAGAAGCAGCUGCAGGCUCUGGCUAACCAGUAUGGCAUCAGCGGCUCACGGGAGGAGCUUUGCAACAACAAGGCUAUGGCCGAGCUGGUGCUAAAGGUCAUCGACAAAGCUGGCGUCGCAGCCGAUCUUGUGAGCUUUGAGAUCCCUGGCAAGAUCCAUCUGAGUCCAGACCCUUGGACCGCCGAGACUGGACUGGUGACGGAUGCAUUCAAGCUCAAGCGGAAGGAGCUGGAGACCUAUUACCGGAAUGAGAUUGAGAAGCUGUACGGAGAGAAGUGAAGACAAAGGGUUAGGUAGCACACUCCCUACACAAACCCGGACCGAUCCUCAAAAAUUAUGGUGUAAGAAAGCUUGAGAGCACAUUGUGUAACCCAGGGCCACUCUUGGUGCUCCUACUUGAAUUUAUAGCUGCAUUAAGGCAGAAUCAUCGCUGAUUGUACAAUGGAGACGUUUCCAAGAGCCAUGUGUGCUGCUGUCUUUCCCCACUUUUAUCCAGGUGUACGACCUCUGUGUCAAGUGUUUUGUUGCUUCAGAUGGCAGUUAUGAAACGCUGACGGUGUCUGAUGAACUCUAGUGCCACGGCAAAAGAAUUUGAUUUUUUUUCCUCUGAGAAUUGUUUCUGCGAACGUUUUUGAAGACGAUUAUAUUUCCCUGCAGGUCAGGUGACAGUAAGCGCUUUAUGCCCUGAAUGUUGACAGUGUAAAUGGUCUUUACUGUUCACAUGUAUCAUGCUAAACACAUUACAAAACACUCAGAAUAUGUCAUGAAUACAUUUUAAUAGUGCCAUGUAGGGAUGUCCCGAUUCGAUAUUUGGAUCGGAUCGGCCGCCGAUAUUGGCCAAAAAAUGCGUAUCGGCAAGGCAUGGGAAAAUGCCGAUCCAGAUCCAGUUUUAAAAAAAAUUCCAGUCCGUGUUUUCCAACGCACAGAUUUAAAUAAUACAUUCCACUUUUCUGCUGCUCCCUAAUUUCCGUUCCGCAUUUUCCAGCACACCUUCAACACAGUCGAGUAUGCGUCCUCACGCAGUUGCUUUUAGCUGCUGGCAUUACACGACAGGCUCUUCCCACUCCUUCUUGUGUCUGCUUCUCACAGACAGCAAGCGCACCUUCUGACACACGUCACAUACUGUCACGUCAUAUGUCACAUACGUAUACGCCCUCUCCCAUCAGAGAGGUAGCAGCAUGGCUAACGUUAGCUGUGAUGCUAGCGUAGCCGUGUGAGCGGUAAUAAUGAAGGAAGAAUUAAUUAAUUCCCAAGAAAAACAGCAGGGGGUCCAUCGUCUGGCGGUGGUUUGGCUUCAAGUGGGAAUAUGUCGAACAGACAACCGUAAUUUGUCAAGUGUGGGUCAAAAGCGUUGCUAUAAAAAGUAGCAUUACUGCUAAUAUGUAGCAUCGUUUGAAAAGUCCCCUGCUAGAAAAUGAAGAGUGUUUGAAACUCCGCACGUCAACAUCUCCAUUGUGUAUUAUUCAAACUCACCUAAUUCAGCUGGCUAGUUGUUAUCAAGAGUACUAAAACCCUUUUCAACAUGAAUCUGACAACUAAGUAGGCCAAAUAACUUUACAUUUUAAUACAUGCUCGGAUAAGGCCAGUAUCGGCCAGUAUCGGUAUCGGAUCAGAAGUGCAAAAACAACAUCGGUAUCGGAUCGGAAGUGCAAAAACCUGGAUCGGGACAUCCCUAGUGCCAUGUUGUGACGUUACUACACUCCCAGUUUGCAGCUAAUGGGGUUACUGUAAACAAAGAAACUGUGCACUUUACAAUGUACUGCACACUAGGGCUGCACGAAUAUGGCCAAAAUAAUGAUCAUGAUUAUUUUUAUUAAUAUUGAAAUCACAAUUAUUCAUUGUUAGGGAAAACGGUGUUGGGGGGGGAGGGGCUGUUAAUAAA